AUGUUCCCUAUUCUCGCACACGUCCGGUUUCCUGAGCACUGCUACAUUAAACUGGGAAGCGAGUCCGAACAACCGUACCGGUACAUCCAGCUCGUCCCAAACGACGCACAGUGUUUCCCCAUCCUCAGGAGCGCAACUGAGGCAGUCUGGGAGGGGCGUGCUCGCUUCAGGUGCCGGACUGGCCCGCCGUACGGAGGCUCAACUCGGGGAGAGCUCGUCGUCGACGUCGACAGCACCUAUUUGUGGGAGUACCCUCUCCUAACCUACCGCAACGGACGUCAGGGUGUCCACCCAGACGCGUACAGGUUGUCCACGAACCCUGAGGGCGCGCUCGCGGCCUUCUGCUCCUAUCUCAGCCGUGCGCGCUUGACCAAGCUCACGAUGCAGUACAGCGAACUCAUCAGUGUAGACGCAUAUCUGUCUGCGUUCCGCGUGUUCCCUCAUCUUGAAGAGCUGGUGCUCGACUAUCGCCAGCAGCAGCGGGCAUUCUCUCAGGAAGAGAUUCGCAGGGUCCUCCACGCCCUGACCGAGCAGAUAGGACUCUCACCAGACGCGCCGGCGACGCGAACCGUGGAAGUCCCUCUCCCAAAUCUGCGCAUUCUGCGCUUCAGGGAUGUGUUCUGGUACAACGAGCUGCCCAACCAUGUUCAGCAGUGUCAGUGGGCUCGUCAAAGUCGUGGUGCAGCUCCGCUGCAGGUUGACUUUGGCCGUCCUCGCAUGUAG